AUCACAGAUACAAAAGUAUUUGUGAAUACCUUUUAAAAUUCAGUUAAUUAUUUACUACAGUAAUACUUGGUGAGUUUUCAGGGAAAGGUGGGAACUAUUGAUGGAGGCAGUACUGAAGAUGAGACUUAAAAGCUGGAUUUUCUUCCUAGUUACGAUGAGCUCAGGCAAACUCUUUGCAGAAGAUAAACCUUGUGAUUUGCCACGUAUAGAAAAUGGGAAGAUUGCCCAGUACUACUAUAAUUUCAAAAGUUACUAUUUCCCUAUGCGUAAGGAAAAAAAGCUUUCCUAUUCUUGUGUGGCUGGUUAUACAACUGAAACGGGGAGUCAGGAUGGAAGAAUAACUUGUACAGUAAAAGGAUGGUCUCCAAUGCCACAAUGCUACAAAAAAUGUAACAAACCUCUUUUGGAAAAUGGCAUUUUUUACGGUACAGAAGUGCACUUCAAGCUACAGGAGAAACUGCACUACAAAUGUAAUCCAGGCUUCUACGCUCCAAGCGGUGGUGCUGAAGGAACAGUACAAUGCUCUCCUGGAGGAUGGUCCUCCCAGCCAAGCUGUACUAAAAAAAUGGAGUCCUGUCGAGUCCCCAAUUUACAUCAUGGCUACUACUUCACAACACAGAAAGAGCUCCAAGUGAAUGAAACGCUGCUAUAUAAAUGUGAUGAGGGAUAUCGCACUGCCGGAGGAAACACGACAGAAGCAGCAGUAUGUCUAACGCAUGGGUGGUCCCUUACUCCAAACUGCACUAAAACAACUUACUGCUCUUUGAGUGCAACAGAACAUGGAGGUUUCUAUCCUGUGAAGAAAAUCUAUGAUGAGGGAGAUGUAGUUCACUUUUUCUGUGAGGAAAAUUAUUCUCUCAGUGAAUCUGACCUAAUUCAAUGUUAUUAUUUUGGAUGGUAUCCACACCCACCAAUAUGUGAAGAUCUAAGAAGUAAAUGCCCUCCUCCGCCUCUUCCUCCUCACGCCCACAUCACCACAGUUUUAAGAACAUAUCGUAAUGGAGACAAAGUUCAUAUACAGUGUCAGAGUAACUUUGAAAUGAGAGGCUCAGAGGAAAUCCAGUGCGAAAAAGGAAAAUGGACAUCGCCCCCCCUUUGUAUUGGAACUAUGGAUAAAUGGGAAUCUGAGCCACCACCAUCACGCGAGGCAGAUGCUGCAAUAAGGGCAAACAAAACACAUCACAGUGAAGAUAUGGAAAUGCAGCAGAACUGUACCUCUCCACCUGCGAUUAGAAAUGGUAUCCUUCUUGGCCCAUUAUUGACAAGGUACAAAAAUGGCUCCUCAGUAGAAUACAGUUGCCAGCACUACCAUUUUUUGGAUGGACCGAGUACUGUUUACUGUGUACAAGGAAACUGGACGCAACAACCAGCUUGCUUAGAACCAUGCACUCUUGAUGCAAUCCAUAUGGACAGGAGCAACAUAGAGCUAAAAUGGAGACAGGAAGAGUUAAUUUUCCUACAUGGCGACCUCAUAGAGUUUGAAUGUAAAGAGGGAUACCAUUUUCCACAAACUAACAUAUCAUCUCCUGGAAGGACCCAGUGUAACCACGGAAGACUGAAAUAUCCAAAAUGCAUUGCAACAGCUCCCAUGGGAAAAUGUGGCUCUCCACCUCCUAUUGAGAAUGGAGCUCUUGCUCUCCCACCCCUGACCGAGUAUGACAGUGGUUCUGCAGUUCAGUAUAGCUGCUCUGACUAUCAUUUCUUGCAAGGAUCUGAGAGGAUCUACUGUUCUGAAGGACAGUGGACGUCGCCACCAGUGUGUAUAGAGCCAUGUACUUUGUCAAAAAAUGAGAUGGAGAAAAAUAAUGUGGUGCUGGAAAGGUUUUAUGCGAAUCAAGUUUACUUUUACCACGGGGAUUUUGUUGGAUUUUACUGUAAAGAGAACCAUUUUGGAGUAGAAUCUGGUGGAACUUUAUUUCAAGUGCAGUGUGAGAGAGGACAGCUGAUGUAUCCAAGGUGUGUUGAAAGAGGAAAGUCUUCUGCCGGAGCAGCAUGUGAAGACCCGCCCGUCAUUGAUUUUGGUGAAAUUGCUAGUGGGGAUAAAUCAGGAUAUGAGGAAAAUGACAGCGUGCAGUACAGGUGCAACCCAGGGUACACUUUAUCAGGCUCAGAAUGGGUGACGUGCCAUGGAAAAGUCUGGACACCUGGACCACCACAGUGUUUGGCACCAUGUACCAUUACAAAACAGCAACUGGAAGCCAAAAAACUGCUUCUCUCCCGUGGCCGAAUACGCACGUUUUUGAUUCAAAGCGGUCAGAAGCUGGAAUUUAUGUGCGUGACAGGAUAUAAACUCACAGGCAGUUCUGCCAGGAAGUGUGUUAAUGGGCGCGUGGAUUUGCCUUCAUGUGUCUCUGAUGUGACAUGUGAACCUCCUCCAGAAAUUGCUGGUGGUAAAGUUCAAGGUGUUAAAAAGUCCAGGUAUUUGCUUGGGGAGGAAGCUCAGUAUCGAUGCUGGCAAGGUUUUCAGAUGACUGGGGAUUCCACUGUGGCCUGUCAGAACGGGACCUGGACAGAGCUGCCAAAAUGCAGAGGGAGAGGUGAAAAAUGUGGCCCACCUCCAGCUAUUGAAAAUGGAGACCUUCUUUCGUUCCCGCUGCAAGAGUAUGCGCCAGGUUCGACUGUGGAGUACAAGUGCCAAAGUCUCUACGUCCUGGAAGGAUCUCGGUAUAUUACAUGCACUGAGGGGCAGUGGACAACCCCCCCGGUCUGCUUAGUGGCUUGUACGGCAUCUGAAGAGGAUAUGAACAGAAACAAUAUUGGGCUGAAAUGGACCGCAACAAACAAGCUGUAUUCAAGAUCUGGUGAUUUUAUUGAGUUUCAGUGUAAAAUAGGAUAUGUGCAGGACCCAGCAUCUUCUCCAUUCCGAGUACAGUGUGUAGAGGGGAAGCUAGAGUAUCCACACUGCAAGCCAGGAAAGGAGUGUACGGUGCUUGAGCAUGAUAUGGCAAAGAACAAUAUUCAGCUACGGUCAAGCACUUCCAGCUAUCUCUCCAGCGAAUAUAUUUACUUUGAAUGCAGAUCGUGGUGGUACCGCAGAACUUCAAGCCCUGAGGAAUUUAGAGUACAGUGCUUGGAUGGAGUUUUCAAGUAUCCUAGAUGCGCCAAAAGAGGUAUACAGCAAAGGUUCAGAACCAAAAUGGCAAAAGAAGCUGAUGUAGAAAACUAUGCAAAAAUAAAAAAGGCUAUCCUUUGCAUUCAAUCAGCUUUUCGUGCUAAAAAAGCUAGGCAGUCACAUAAAACCACUGUGGCUGCACGGCGUGUUCAAUCAUUUUUACAAACGAGUGUGCAAAGGAAGCGCUUUCUCGCCAAAAAGGCGGCAGCAGUAAUCAUCCAGUCUGCGUUCCGAUGCCAAAGAACAAAGACUCGCUAUAAAUUGAUGCGGAGUUCAGCAGUUGUUAUUCAGAGGUGGUACAGAGCGUGUCAUGUGGCUCGUUUACAGCAAGCAGAAUAUUCUGUUCAAAGGCAAGCGAUAAUAAUUAUUCAGUCUGCUUGUCGUGGAAUGAAAGCGAGAAAAAUGGCAAGAGACAUACGAGCUGCAAGAAAGAUUCAGUCUUUUCUUCAAAUGGCUGUGCAUCGUAGAAGAUUUGUUCAACUUAAAACAGCAGCUAUUACAUUACAAGCCUACUACUUAAUGCGUAAAACCAAAUCAGAGUAUGCGAGAUAUAAAAAAGCAGCAGUUGUCUUACAGCAAUGCUACCGAUCCCGUUUGACUGUGAAAUACCAAAGGAGAGCUUACUUACAAACCCUGAAGAAUGUUAUCAUAGUGCAGGCUAGAGUCAGGGGAUUCAUUGAAAAGAAGAGAUUUCAUAAAAUUAGAGAGAGUACAAUAAAAAUUCAGGCAUUUUUCCGUGGGUCUACUCAGAGACGGCAAUACCUUCGGUACAGGUCUUCUGUUGUACUGAUCCAGCAGCGCUACAGAGCCUGUCAGAUGCGAAAUGUUGAACAACAAAGGUAUCAUCAAAUGAAAACGGCUGCCGUUAGGAUUCAGGCGGCAUAUAGAAGAUUUAAAGCCAAGGAGUUUGCUGACAAGAUGAGAGCAGCACGAGUAAUUCAAGCCUGGUUUCGAGGCUGCCAAGCACGAAAAGAAUAUGCAUCUGUGAAGCUUCAAGCUGCACGUUUGAUCCAAACAACAUACAGAGGCUUUAGGGAGAGAAGGAAACUUAUUCAACAAAAAGCUGCUGCUGUGAUCAUCCAGAAACGUCUGCGGGCUUGGCAGGAAGGCAGGCUUCAGUCUGUAAAAUACAACAAAACUAGAAGAGCCGUCAUCAGGCUACAAGCAUUUAUCCGAGGUUAUUUAGUCAGAAGAAAGUAUGAAAGAACGACUCAAGCAGUGUAUGAAGCUGAAAAUUCUAUAGAUACAUUACUGGACCUACUGCAAGUGUACAGAGGGAAGGCUGGGGACAAAACUUCAGAGAAAGGAGGAAGUAUUUUCACAAAGACCUGUUGUUUGUUGGCCAUCCUUUCAAAGGACUCAGAGAGAGCUUUGGAAAUUCGAAGCAUACCAAGAGCAGUUCCUUGCAUUCAAAGCCUCUAUAAACUUACAGCUCGUAAACACAAAAUGGAUGCUGAAAGAACACUUGUGAAACAAAAAACAAACACUUGUGUUAGUGGGACUCCCUUUGUUCCAGUAACUCCUGUAAGAACAAGAACAGUUUCGAGGGAAAGGUGGGAACUAUUGAUGGAGGCAGUACUGAAGAUGAGACUUAAAAGCUGGAUUUUCUUCCUAGUUACGAUGAGCUCAGGCAAACUCUUUGCAGAAGAUAAACCUUGUGAUUUGCCACGUAUAGAAAAUGGGAAGAUUGCCCAGUACUACUAUAAUUUCAAAAGUUACUAUUUCCCUAUGCGUAAGGAAAAAAAGCUUUCCUAUUCUUGUGUGGCUGGUUAUACAACUGAAACGGGGAGUCAGGAUGGAAGAAUAACUUGUACAGUAAAAGGAUGGUCUCCAAUGCCACAAUGCUACAAAAAAUGUAACAAACCUCUUUUGGAAAAUGGCAUUUUUUACGGUACAGAAGUGCACUUCAAGCUACAGGAGAAACUGCACUACAAAUGUAAUCCAGGCUUCUACGCUCCAAGCGGUGGUGCUGAAGGAACAGUACAAUGCUCUCCUGGAGGAUGGUCCUCCCAGCCAAGCUGUACUAAAAAAAUGGAGUCCUGUCGAGUCCCCAAUUUACAUCAUGGCUACUACUUCACAACACAGAAAGAGCUCCAAGUGAAUGAAACGCUGCUAUAUAAAUGUGAUGAGGGAUAUCGCACUGCCGGAGGAAACACGACAGAAGCAGCAGUAUGUCUAACGCAUGGGUGGUCCCUUACUCCAAACUGCACUAAAACAACUUACUGCUCUUUGAGUGCAACAGAACAUGGAGGUUUCUAUCCUGUGAAGAAAAUCUAUGAUGAGGGAGAUGUAGUUCACUUUUUCUGUGAGGAAAAUUAUUCUCUCAGUGAAUCUGACCUAAUUCAAUGUUAUUAUUUUGGAUGGUAUCCACACCCACCAAUAUGUGAAGAUCUAAGAAGUAAAUGCCCUCCUCCGCCUCUUCCUCCUCACGCCCACAUCACCACAGUUUUAAGAACAUAUCGUAAUGGAGACAAAGUUCAUAUACAGUGUCAGAGUAACUUUGAAAUGAGAGGCUCAGAGGAAAUCCAGUGCGAAAAAGGAAAAUGGACAUCGCCCCCCCUUUGUAUUGGAACUAUGGAUAAAUGGGAAUCUGAGCCACCACCAUCACGCGAGGCAGAUGCUGCAAUAAGGGCAAACAAAACACAUCACAGUGAAGAUAUGGAAAUGCAGCAGAACUGUACCUCUCCACCUGCGAUUAGAAAUGGUAUCCUUCUUGGCCCAUUAUUGACAAGGUACAAAAAUGGCUCCUCAGUAGAAUACAGUUGCCAGCACUACCAUUUUUUGGAUGGACCGAGUACUGUUUACUGUGUACAAGGAAACUGGACGCAACAACCAGCUUGCUUAGAACCAUGCACUCUUGAUGCAAUCCAUAUGGACAGGAGCAACAUAGAGCUAAAAUGGAGACAGGAAGAGUUAAUUUUCCUACAUGGCGACCUCAUAGAGUUUGAAUGUAAAGAGGGAUACCAUUUUCCACAAACUAACAUAUCAUCUCCUGGAAGGACCCAGUGUAACCACGGAAGACUGAAAUAUCCAAAAUGCAUUGCAACAGCUCCCAUGGGAAAAUGUGGCUCUCCACCUCCUAUUGAGAAUGGAGCUCUUGCUCUCCCACCCCUGACCGAGUAUGACAGUGGUUCUGCAGUUCAGUAUAGCUGCUCUGACUAUCAUUUCUUGCAAGGAUCUGAGAGGAUCUACUGUUCUGAAGGACAGUGGACGUCGCCACCAGUGUGUAUAGAGCCAUGUACUUUGUCAAAAAAUGAGAUGGAGAAAAAUAAUGUGGUGCUGGAAAGGUUUUAUGCGAAUCAAGUUUACUUUUACCACGGGGAUUUUGUUGGAUUUUACUGUAAAGAGAACCAUUUUGGAGUAGAAUCUGGUGGAACUUUAUUUCAAGUGCAGUGUGAGAGAGGACAGCUGAUGUAUCCAAGGUGUGUUGAAAGAGGAAAGUCUUCUGCCGGAGCAGCAUGUGAAGACCCGCCCGUCAUUGAUUUUGGUGAAAUUGCUAGUGGGGAUAAAUCAGGAUAUGAGGAAAAUGACAGCGUGCAGUACACGUGCAACCCAGGGUACACUUUAUCAGGCUCAGAAUGGGUGACGUGCCAUGGAAAAGUCUGGACACCUGGACCACCACAGUGUUUGGCACCAUGUACCAUUACAAAACAGCAACUGGAAGCCAAAAAACUGCUUCUCUCCCGUGGCCGAAUACGCACGUUUUUGAUUCAAAGCGGUCAGAAGCUGGAAUUUAUGUGCGUGACAGGAUAUAAACUCACAGGCAGUUCUGCCAGGAAGUGUGUUAAUGGGCGCGUGGAUUUGCCUUCAUGUGUCUCUGACGCCAGCUGUGGAGCCCCGCCUGAAGUUCCCAGAGCUUCUACUGCCAGCAGUCAACACGAGAGGUAUCUGCCUGGUGCCAGAGUGCAGUAUGAAUGUGAAACCAAUUUUCAGAUUAUGGGUGUAAAUUAUGUCACUUGUACAAAUGGACAAUGGUCACAAGCACCAACUUGCAGAGAAAUGCCAUGUGGAAGUAUUCCAAAAGUUGCCAAUUCCCAAAUUGAGGGAAGAAACAAGACAAUGUAUGAGCCUGGUGAAACUGUUCGCUACCAGUGUGAUCCAGGGUUCCUGACUGCUGGCCCUCCAGAAAUUAUUUGCAGAGCAGGAAACUGGACAACACCACCCUCCUGUGAAGACGCCAGCUGUGGAGCCCCGCCUGAAGUUCCCAGAGCUUCUACUGCCAGCAGUCAACACGAGAGGUAUCUGCCUGGUGCCAGAGUGCAGUAUGAAUGUGAAACCAAUUUUCAGAUUAUGGGUGUAAAUUAUGUCACUUGUACAAAUGGACAAUGGUCACAAGCACCAACUUGCAGAGGGAGAGGUGAAAAAUGUGGCCCACCUCCAGCUAUUGAAAAUGGAGACCUUCUUUCGUUCCCGCUGCAAGAGUAUGCGCCAGGUUCGACUGUGGAGUACAAGUGCCAAAGUCUCUACGUCCUGGAAGGAUCUCGGUAUAUUACAUGCACUGAGGGGCAGUGGACAACCCCCCCGGUCUGCUUAGUGGCUUGUACGGCAUCUGAAGAGGAUAUGAACAGAAACAAUAUUGGGCUGAAAUGGACCGCAACAAACAAGCUGUAUUCAAGAUCUGGUGAUUUUAUUGAGUUUCAGUGUAAAAUAGGAUAUGUGCAGGACCCAGCAUCUUCUCCAUUCCGAGUACAGUGUGUAGAGGGGAAGCUAGAGUAUCCACACUGCAAGCCAGGAAGCAACUUGUGCCACAGUGGUGCACCACAAAAUAGCCUGUGCCUAACUGACCUCAGUAGAAGGUGGGCCUUGGGAGCUGUGAGAUCUGGCCCUUCAUCGCCUGCACUGUGUGUUAAUGGAGACUCGUCUGCCAGUAUUUGACUGCCACAGUCCUGAGGGAAAGCAGCUAAGGAUUUAAGUCUUUUGGCACAAGUACAGGGCUGUGGGGAUAAAUGGAAGUGGCAUGAAGGCGCCUGGCUGCAGAAGUGGAAGAUGCCUCAACCAACCCAGUUAUUACAGUCCAAUCUUACACAGCAUUUUCUGUUUUGCUGUGCUUUGCCAGUAGCUUAGGCAGUGUUCUGCGUUUGAAUUCCUGAUACCUUUUUUUCCUUUUUAAUAUUGUCUAAUUGCGUUUCCAUUUCCUUUUUAACCAUUCCGUAUUGCUUUCAUUGCCGCAUUUAUUAACGAUUGCGUCCUGAAAUAGGCUGGCUUUGGUGGCCUAGCGAGACAAGAAUUAAAGCCUGCGAGUAAUUUGAUCACCAGCAA